CCUAAACCCUUUCCUAACCUUAACCUCCUAACCUGCUACGAAAAAAGUCACUUCGGUAUCGAAGUGGCGUGAAAAGAUUGUUUCCCUUCCCCAUGACUUACCCCGGUGUCUUCGAACCCCGACGGUGAACGCCAUAUCAUCUCCCUCUUCUUUGAGGCCACUCGACGCCGUUUAGUGUCCACAUUCUACAACGAAUCAACAGGAAAUGUGUGUGUAUUGAAAGUACGGCAGAAAGAAAGAAAAGACCGAAAUUGAAGGCACCUUAUUUGUUUAUGCCAGGUGUGCAUCCCCUCAUCAUGGCUUCACCAUCAUGAAUCGCCUGAACACAGAGAAUCUGGUGGAGCCCAUCAACAAAGACCUUGAGUUUCAGCUCCAAGACCCCUUCCUGCUGUACAGGAAUGCUAACUUGGGCAUAUACAGCAUCUGGUUUUACGAUAAGAAGGACUGCCAGCGCAUCGCUCAGCUCAUGGUGAAGAUUGUGAAGCAGGAAGCCUUGCAGGCCCACCGGGGCUCCCCAGAGAGGGCUGACGUCCCUGGGAGGACCAAUGGCUGCUCCAUUGACAUCCUGGAGCUCCUCAGCAAGGCCAAGGAUGAGUUCCACAGGACUCAGGCGGGGGAAACGGAGAUGUCCGUUACUGCUGAACAGAGGGUGAACACCGAGACGCUGAAAUCAGCCGGUGACACUACAGAGCACGCUCACAGCGCCUCACAGCCAGAACAGAGCUCCCACUCUGGCCAGAGGCAGAUCACUGUGGAGGAACUGUUUGGCAGUUCUCUACCGAAGGAGGCCAGCCUGCUGCCAGCCAUGCCCACCCAGAGUUCCGCAGACCCUGCUGCCACGGUCCCCGUCAGCUUCCUCCAGGCCCAGAGCUACACUCCACCCAUCCCUUUCCAGCCCUUACUGACCCCCCGCCUCACAGCAGACCCAGGGGGCAACAACCGGCACCUCACCCCUGGUCUGAUCUCCCUGAUGGAGGCCAGAGGGGGCCCUGGCCCAGGCUACACCCUCUACCCCGUGUUCCCUGGUGGACCUUCAGGGGACCCCCAACCCCAACACUCUGUGUCCCCACUGUUGGUGACGCCAUCUGGGGUUGAGGCUUGCGGUCCUCCCACUGGCCAUCUGUCGGCCUACCUGAAACCCAGCCCCUCUGAUCUCCACAAACCCGCCCUCACACCUAGCGUCUUGCCCAGCCCGCUUGCCACACCCCAGAGCUUCAGAGAGCCAAUCACCAAGCCCGCUGCCCUCGGCAGUAUGCCCACAGGCCGUGUGCAGCCGCAGAGUAAAGAAAUGGAUGUGUUCACUCAAUCUCAGAAACUGUCAAAAACCCAAACAGCUCUCCCUAUGAAGGCGGGUCUUGUGGUACCGGGAGCGGGCACUUCACUUACGGGGGCAAAGCACUCCAUUCUGCUCUCACCAAGUGCCUUUCAGCAUUCUGUUGCCAAGACAACGGAACUGCAGCGGAAAGCUUCCCCUCCCCCUCCGCCCACAGCCACAGGGGGGGUGGAGCUCCCCCAACCCUCCUACAACAGGAUCCAGUUACAAGACACACUCAUCCACCUCAUCAAGAAUGACCCAGCGUUUCUCAGUGCCAUCCACGAGGCCUACCUCCACAGUCUCUCCAAGGACCUGAGCCACGUCAAGCUAUAGUCUCAGUCCAAACCUGAGGCUGGGCCUGGACACGCCUGGACAGGGGCACCAGUCAGCCUUACCUACAGGUGCUGGACCACUGGGGGGGGUACUGCUGGCCAUGUGCAGAGACACAAACACUCCUAACUGGCUCUGUACCUCUGGAGCAGCUAUGGGACUGCAGGAGGAGGACAGGACUCGAAUGUAGGGGGCUCACGUGGUUCUCCUACAUGUGUGGAGGAGAAGGUGAAUGGGGAGAUGUUACACGUCACAGUAGUGUCAAAUCAAGUACGCACUUUAGUAAGAAAUAUUGUUGAUGAGAAAUAAACCCCUGGGGAAGGAGGAUGAUGAUAAGGGUAAACCAUAAACCCUCAUAUGUCUUGGGAAAGAGCCUCCGGCCCUCUAUGGCAGGUCAGUGCUUAGUGACUUGCUGUGCAAGCCAAACUUCAUUCAACUCCAGGUCCACUUCCUUGUUCUUCCUCAGUACAGCUGGGAUUCUACACACAUGCUCUCUAUCGUACCCCCUCUUUCUCAAUCUCUCAUGUUCCUUCUUUCUGUCAUUCCCUCACCCCAUUCAUUACCACCAGCCUCUGUCACUAUGCCUGCUAAGGGAUGUGUGCAAUAGAUUGCAAUGCCUUUUGGGAGAUUAUAGUUUUUUUUAUAUAACCAGGCUUAAGUGUGUUUUUUCCCAAGGGUUUAGACAGAGAAUUGUUGUAUUCAUUUAGGCCCUAUUAUGUGGGGUGAGGUAGUUAAAGCUACUGCAAGACUGUACCUGAGCUAACUGCAUUCAUCAAAAGGAUCAUCUUGUUUACUAAGGUUGAUGUCCGCGCCCCCGUGGAAAUCCAAUUGGCAUGAAUUUAAAAAAAAAACAUAAAAAUCAGUCAGUUUAAGCUAGAGAUCCACUGCAUCAGCCUAUAUCGCACUUCCGCAUCUGGUGAAAGGUGACAGAGCUAGAGCGGUGUUUGUCAGAUCAUGAGACAUCCUGAAAAUCAGUCUUCUCACAAAAUGGUCUGCAGUGUCCGAACAGUGACCCCUCUAUGGAAAGAUGGAGACUCGCCAACACCAUAGAGUUCUCCGUUUUGCCCUACACCCACCACACAUGUCAAGAGACUUGUCUGAAGUCGGUACAGACGAUCUGCCAACUUGUCUGUAGCGUCCCAACAGUUUGGGCUACACACUAAUAUGACCCCUCUAUGGAAAGGUGAGACUCGCGAACAUAUACGGUACCAGUCAAAAGUUUGGACACACCUUUUCAUUCAAUAGUUUUUCUUUAUUUUUACUAUUUUCUACAUUGUAGGAUAAUAGUGAAGACAUCAACUAUGAAAUAACACAUGGAAUCAUGUGGUAACCAAAAGUGUUAAGUGUUCAAAGUAUGCACCCUUUGCCUUGAUGACAGCUUUGCACAUUCUUGGCAUUCUCUCAACCAGCUUCUCUUGGUCAUAUUAAUGUGAAUGGAAGUAUAUAUGGAGAUUGUUUAACCAAAUAUAUGGGGUUAAAUAAGAUAUUUCUUAUAUCUCUCAGAUAUAGGAGAGGCACUUCAAAAUAAUCUUCCUUUUGAUAUUUUUGGGGGCCUAUCUGUUGUUCUGUGUCCUGAAUGUGUUAUUCAUUGUGUUUGUAUGGGCUAAUAGCAGUAAGACCCCAAAACAUGUUCAUCAAAUAUAUAUAUAUAUAUAUUUUUUUUUUUUGAUACUUCAAGGGGUCUUAAAAUUCUAAAUCAAAUAGCUAAAUUAUCCUUGGUAUGACCUUCUUAAAACAAUUCCAUAUAGCUCAGUAGAUCCCCCCCCUCCCCCAGCUUAGGGACCUGUAUAUUAGACACAGUAUAUUCUCUCACGUUCUCUGUUCUCCACUCUGCAACCAACAGCUGAAAGGGACUAGUAUGUCAUGACAGGUUGAGUCAAUGUGUAUAUCUUUGAUCUUGCAAGUCAGUCAGUUUUGAAUGUUUUUGAUAACGUCACCCUCCCUCUUACACAUAUCUGACCAUGUGCCACACUGCCAAUCUACACUGAGUGUACAUAACAUUAAGGACAGCUUCCUAAUAUUGAGUUGCCACCCCCUUUUGCCCUCAGAACAGCCUCAAUUAGUCGGGGCAUGGAAAACGUUCCACAGGGAUGCUGACCCAUGUUGACUCCAGUACUUCCUACAGUUGUGUCAAGUUGGCUGGAUGCCCUUUGGGUGGUGGACCAUUCUGGAUACAGAUGGGAAAUUGUUGUGUGUGAAAAACCCAGCAGCGUUGCAGUUCUUGACACAAACUGGUGUGACUGGUACCUACUACCAUACCCGGUUCAAAGGCACUGAAAUCUUUUGUCUUGCCCAUUGAGGGAAAGUGUAUGGAGUAAAAAGUACAUUAUUUUCUUUAGGAAUGUAGUAAAGUAGAAAUUGUCAAAAAUAUAUAUGGUAAGGUACAGAUACCAAAAAAAAACUGUACUUUAAAUUAUUUUUACUUAAGUACUUUACGCCACUGAUGGAAGAGCAGGUGUCAAUAAUUUGUGCACUCAGUGUAUGUUCACAUGAUUUGAUCACGCACAGUAUGUAUUUCAGUUUGGCUGCACUCAAUCACACAUUUAAUUUCGAUUGACAGACUUAAAGAAUGGUGGUGUUCAGCUAUAAACAACGGAGGAAAUUGAGAACCUCAUCUAAACAAAUAACUGAUCAACACAUUGUUGUCAAAGGAAUUUUAGUUUUUGACCUCGUCUCUUGAUUUCUUUCAGCCAGAAAGUACAUGUAAGUUUCUUCGUAGUGUAAGAAGAGAACCUCUUACUUCAUGCACAUUGUUUUCACAUAAAACCCCAGUCAGUAAAACCCCAGUCAAUAAAAAGCAGUUCAUGAGUAGUUUGUGACUCAAUUUGGUUCCUCAAUAAUAUGUUUUCUUCUUCUAUAGCACCGUUUUAUUGGCUCAAUGAUACAUGUUGUUUGUUAGGUGUGGUUUCAGACAGGAUAUCAAAGUUUACUCCCCUGUGUUCAUAUUAUUUAGUCACAGGCUCAAUACUGGAGGAGAGAAUAGAUGAGGCCCUGAGAUAAAAAAAAAAGAAUGUCUUUAAGAUUAUUUUACACUGUGUUAAAGUAUGCCUCUUAUUUGUCAGUGUCAGUUUAAUGAGUUAACUUGUCUAAUGAACCAGGUCAUUUUUUUUGUUUUUUUUCUGUCACUCUGCUUUUGUUUAUUAUAAAUAUGUUGUGAUAUUAAAGAUUAACUGAAGUUUUCUCUCAAA